UGGAGGGAGCACCGGCAGCCGAGCUGAGUCAGUUGCGCUGAACGAAAGCGAAAUAUGAUUUUGCUUUUAAAUCAUCGUUGAUAAUUGAAUAUAUCAGACAUGAAUGUGAUUAUGAGCAGAAGGAAAGCGCUUCACGAGAGCAGUCAUUUAUCGAGAGACUUCAGGAGCUUUUCCCAUAACGUUAAAUGACGUAGACGAGCUCAAGUUACUGUGUUGUAAUCUGCUCACUACCUCUGUGAUUUAAACAGCUUUUAUUAUUUGACAAAUCACGAUUUAUCGAUAUUAAACUAUCAGAAGACGAGCGUGACGGACGCUGCAGAUAUGGGAUAACAGCGGUAAUCUGAUUAAACGGCUUUAGACUAUAAUUUUGUACAUUAAGUACGAACCUUUAGUAAUUAAAUUGCUUCGCUGAUUUAUUUGUCAUCUCAUACGCAUUUUAAGCCCGUUUCUCAUUAUAAAUGCAGUUGUUUGCAUGUUGACAUGGAUCAGAACGGUCAAGAGAGUGGGAAUAUGGAGGAGGUGAAGAUAUGUGAUCCAUCCAUCCUUCCUCAAUGUCUUGAUCACACAGUCACUGACGUCCCAUCUGAAAACCAUUGUGUAAAUGAAGAUCACAGGACACCUUCAGACCCAGAGGGGCUUUUGGAGUCAGCAGAUCCCUCAUCCGAGCAGGACAUCCUACCGCAAGAGCCUUCAACAGAAAUGGAGAAGCUCCAUGUUGAGGAUGACUGCUCUGUGUGUCCCGCUGGUUCAGAGACGGAUUCUGGGAAAGCAUCCCAAGACUCUGCAUUAGUGGAUAAUAGCAAUGAUGACUCUGGUGAGUUUGUUGUAACUGUAUUAGCUCGGGGGAAGUUGGAGGAGCAGGGAAUGGGUAUGAAAGGAGCCUCUUCCCCUUUGUCCGAGACUGGCACACCACUGGGACCCCCAUCACACAGGAACGAGGACGUGACGGCGGAUAGUUGGAGGCAGCACAGGAAGCAUGUUUUCGUGUUGAGCGAGGCGGGGAAGCCUAUCUAUUCCCGAUACGGAAGUGAAGAGGCUCUUUCGUCCACCAUGGGGGUGAUGAUGGCUCUGGUGUCCUUUGUGCAAAGUGGAGACAACAUCAUUCGCUCCGUUUACUCUGACGAGCACACGGUGGUGUUCAUGCAGCGUGGUCCUCUGGUUCUGGUGUCCGUCUCCAGCAGCCGUCAGUCCGAGCAGCAGCUCCGCAACGAGCUCCUCUACGUGUACAACCAGAUCGUCAGCAUGCUCACGCAGGCCAGCAUCACCCGCAUCUUCGAGCACAAGAAGAACUACGAUCUGCGCCGUCUGCUGGCCGGUUCCGAGAAGAUCCUGGAUGGCCUCCUGAACCUGGUGGACUCAGACCCCAGUUUCUUACUCUGCGCCGUCCACUGUCUCCCCUUAGCCUCGUCUCUCAGGGACUCCCUUAGUCAGAUCCUCCAGAAGGCCAUCACGCCAAACUUGGUCUUCUCCAUCCUCAUAGCCAAGAACCAGCUGCUGACCAUUGUUCAGGAGAAAAUGGUCAUCGAUGAUGCCCGACUGGAGCCGGCGGACCUCCAUCUUUUACUGAACCUCAUCGGAGCAUCGUCCGCCUUUCAGGCCGGGGAGAUCUGGACGCCCAUCUGCUUGCCCAGUUUUAAUCCUGACUGUUAUUUUUAUGCGUACAUCUCAUAUUUGGACCCUCCUGAAUGUACUGUUUGUCUGGUUCUUCUCUCCACUGAUAAAGAGGCCUUUUAUUCAGUGGCUGAGUGUAAGAGGAAGAUUGAGGAGGCUAUGCAAACACAAAAUGCCCUCAAGUCCAUAGCGAAGGCUCAGUCGUACAGCGUCAGUCAGGUGGGAGUGUCUGAUCUCAGGCAUUUCAUGUACAAGCCCUUCGACGUGCCAGACAACCAUCGCCAGCUUACACAGUUCACCAGCCCAGAGAUGGAGGCCCCGUACAGCAGUGAGGAGGAGCGGAUGAGACUGCUGGACCUGUACAGAGACCUGCACGGACGUAUUCACAGCGCCUCAAGACCCCUCAAACUCAUCUAUCAUGUGGCUGAACGCGAGACUCUGCUGGCCUGGGUCACGAGCAAAUUCGAGCUGUACACGUGUUUCAGUCCCCUCGUCACUAAAACCUGUGCCAUCAACGCCAUCACUAAACUACUGCGCUGGAUCAAGAAGGAAGAAGAGCGUCUGUUCAUCCGCUACCCUUCAAAAUACUCCACCACCCCAAACCCCAGCAGGAGCUCUAAAACAGAUGCUCAUUAAUCAGGCGCAUAACAGCAUUCAAACUGAACUCACCAGAGAUCAUUCAACCAACAGAGGUUAAAAUGAUGUGAAGCUGCUGGAUUCUUUUGGACCAUUUAACAGAAUCAUCUGGACUGAACCUUCUACACUGAAGAAAAGUCAUGCACGUUAUUUAUUCCAGACACAGAGCAUCGAUGAAGCUUUACGUAGCAAAAGAGGCCCAAUGAU